UACUGAGUAGCCAUGGAUGAAAAAGAGGAACGAGAGGCUAAGAUCAAAGAAAAUUUCAAGCGAUGGCUGGAAAAGAAGAAUCAAGAAUUGCUGGACAAAAAGUCGAAGGAGCUGGAGCGAGAGGCAAUUCUACACAUGGAAAAGGAGAAGAAAAUGCAGCGGAUUCAAGAUGCGAUGAGUGAGUGGAAUAAAAUGAAGGCAAAGGAAUUACUGAUAAAACGGAAGAAGGAAGAGGAGAAAAAGGCCGUUGAGCGAGACAAGAAGGAGCAGGAGGAACUGGCCAAGCGAGAAAACGCAAGCAUGGCGUACCAGGCAUGGAUCAAGCAGGUGCGUGAGAGAGACAAAAAGAUAAAGGAAAAAGAAUGGAAGAAGCUGUUGGUCGCGGAGAAGAGUCACUUGCAACUUUCCGAGAGGAAGAGUGAGGCCGAAGUCAGCUUUUGCGUGUGGAAAAAGAAAAAAGACCACGAACUACAAGUGCAAUUCAGGAGAGCAAGGAAAAUAAAGGAGAAGGUUGAAAUGGAGAUGAAAGAAAAGGUGGAAGAGAGGUCCUAUGAGGCAGAGCAGGCCUAUCUAAAUUGGUUGGACUCGCUGGACUACAGCUAACAUGGCUCAGUAAUUAAAUAAAUAAACCAGUUUGUUGUAAAUACAUUCAGAAAUGCGUUUAUUUUUUGCAUAGCAUUUGAUUGUGUGGACAAAUAUUUAAAUCUUUUUGGCAAAAACAUUUGAGUCAAAUAACUAAAUAUAAUCUCUCCUUCCGACACACAUUUUAACUAUAGUAGUUGAUUUUACACAUACAAAACAUAACAAUACGCUCUAUAUACACAGACAUAUAUCCAAACUCACAACACGUCAUAAAAAGAGAUCUCAGAUUUUCAAUAAUAAAUGAAUUGCCUGUGUUAAUAUUACAAUAGGAGCAGAAACAACAAGCAUUAUUAUAUUUCUUCUCAACAAAUAAACUUGUUUUGAAACACUCUAGUUCGCGUCUACAAACUAUUAGUUGCGAAGAGAAAAUGUCCAUAUUAAAUUGUAUUUGCUUACUAUGAAAUGCGCGAUUGUUACAAAUUAAUGACGGCUACUAAUGCUAAAUAAAUUAAUGAUCGGAAAUAAAAAAAAA